UCCUCACCAGGCUUUCUCAAGUGCCACUUUAGAAUGUUCCUAAAGGUAAAUCCAGUAAAUCGAUCAUAUUUUUUCACACUUUAAAUAAACAUUGGUAAAUGUCAAUCAAAAGAUAAGAUAAGUCAAGACAUGGUAGAAGUAAUGGAGAAGUACGAAUUGAAUCAGUGAAAAUAAUUGUUCCGUCCCGAUUUUUAAUAUGCAUACCCAGAAACCAAAUAUGGACAGAUAUCUAGAAUACAUGGGUCUCAUCUCCAUCAUGCUACUAUCCACAGCCAUGGCAGGAUGUCCUUCCAGAUGCGUCUGUUCAAAGAAUGCUGUGAAAUGUUCAGGAAAAUCUUUGAUGAACGUGCCCAAUUUUCAAAGGCUGGAGAACGAUCCGGUCACAAUCGAUCUAUCUUCGAACGAAAUUGAUUUUAUAUCCUACGAUGACUUUAGCUUCGAUAAAGUUGAGGUUGUACAAGUCCUUUAUUUGAACGAAUCGAAAAUAAUCGACAUAGACAAUAAAGCUUUCAAAGAACUCAGCAACGUGAGGGAAAUAUAUCUUGCGAGAAACCUUCUGGGACAAUUGCCUGAAGAUUCUUUCGAGGUUAAUUCCAAAUUGAUUUUGCUCGAUUUGUCGUAUAAUUUAUUCACAAGGAUGCCGAAAAUAAUAUCUCAGAGCUUAGAAACUUUAGUACUCACUAAUUCCGGAAUAGAAAAAAUAGACAAAGAUAAUUUCGCAUGGAUUCCAAAUCUAAAAUAUCUUAAUUUGCGAAGGAAUAACUUGAAAAUUAUAGAUUGGAAAAUGUUCCAAGAUGUCCCGCAACUCAGACUGAUACAGCUUGAAUUCAACCGUUGGAAAUGCACGUGCAAAUCGGUUGAACUGUUCAAUUUUCUACAAGAGAAUUCAGUGUUGAACAUAGAAGAACCCAUUCAAUGUAGAAGUAAUGACGUAUUCGUGAGUUUUUUCACGGAAAAUGGAGCACCUGAACCUAUUAAAGAUUUAUGUGAAAAAAACAAGAAUCAUUCAUCCUACAAUUUCGUAGGUAAUUAUGUAGAACCGAAAGAAAAAGAAAAUUUCAAUCAACGAAGAAGUGCCAAGAACAGCCGUCGAAUGGAUAAAGAAGUUUUUACAACAGUCAAUUCUGAAACAAAGAAUAUCCAGAAUAGGAAAAAAUCAGAUUAUUCGAAUAUGAAGGAUGUAAAACAUCACGAGUUCCUUGCAUCGGUCACAACGUCAAAUUAUAUAAUUUUUUCCAUCGCCAUUCUUUUGGCGUUUAUUGUUGGGCUAGCAUCAGGUUGUUUAUUCGUGAACUUGAGAAGAAGUAGAAAAACAGAUAACAGUACUAGCUGUGAUUCUUUACUGAAACGAAGUAUUGUAAUUUAAGCUAUUUUAUUUUUCAAGAAUGUGAAAUUGACGUGCUGAUAUUCAAGCGAAUAAAUUGUACAGAUUUGUACUAUGCUUCUCACAAAAAUCAAUGUAUAAAAAAAUCUAAAUUUUUUUAGGUGAUUUUCAACAGGUUGUAAGAAAAAAGAGAUACAUACAUCAAUUUGAAAAAAAAAAUGUAACUAUAUUCGGAUAACUUGUUUAUUCAGCAUUAAUUUCUUCUCUUGAAGACCUAAAAACGAGCACUUUCUCGUUGAGAUAUGGUUCUUUGAAUGGAAAAAGAUUAUAUUCAUUAUAUUAAUUUGAGAAAGCAACAAAAAUUGCUUUCUAUAGUUUCAGAAACAUUAAUGUUAAGUGUGCCUUUUACAGUUCAAUAUAGCCCCAAAAACCCUACCAAGUGUGAAAUAAAUCCAGUAAGCCGUUUCUUCGUCACACUGGAUUGAAUUUCUGAAAAAAUUAAGGGAGCAAGAUUUUCGCUCUGAAAAGCUUCAUCUUCAUCGAAAUGAAAAAAAAAACUUUAUAUACUUCUCUUUCAAGUCGAGACACAACGAAAAGUCCUUGUUUCGUUGAUUUUUCAAAUUCAAUGCAAUGAUAAAAAGCAUUUUUUUUUGUAGAAAACCUACAAAACGUACAGGUUGCUAAGAUAUCGACAGGAUAAAUAAUCUAAUCCUUUUUCAUUCAAAGACUCAUCUCAUCGAAAAAUACUCAUAUAUAAUAGGUCUUCUCAAAAUAAAGAGUACUCGAAAAAGUCAGAUGCAAUUUGCUUCUUUAUAAUUGUAAGGCUAUAUUCUUCAGUUUACAUCCUGUUGAAAAUCACAUACAACUUUGUAUUUUUCUUGAUCCCUUGAUUUUUGUGAGAAGUAUAGAUCAACUGAUUGAGAAUAACUCAUCAACAUCAUGUGUAUAUUUCAUAGAUAUAGGUAUAUUUAUUAAUUAUAUUAAUUAAUUAACUGUAGUUUGAAAUUAGGGAAUUUGUAAUUUUUUAUAAUAAAUUUAUCAACUCAG